AUGAGCAUGGACGCUGGCGGUCUAGCUCAAAUGACGUACAACAACUCCUUCAAUAAUGGCAGUUCCCUCGGAGUCCCAAGCUCUGGCUUCGCCUCCCGGGGGAAAGGCUCUCACAUCAAACGCCUGAGCGUACCUCCCAAGAUCGCCACUAUCGAUGAGUCGCAGGCAUCGGCCUCGAUCGCAACCCCGCGCACAAGUCGGUCACACCUUUUGGCCGGGCUUCGAACCGCCCCCCGAUCCGCAACCAUUCCUUCGCAGCAGCAACGUCACGCCAUGGACAGUCUCCGUAUGUCGGGUCACCGCGAAUCCGACCGCAUUCCUCAAACAGCCACGGGAGCUGGAUUCCCGCAGCACACUUACGCAUCGCAUAACAUGUAUUCGCAGGCGCAGCCACAAUCGCAGUCACGACAACAGCAUCGCCAAGGACAGGGCCACAACCAGAACCAGAGCCAAAGCCACAACCGCCCCAUGUACACUCUUCCGGAGCAGGUGCUUGCACCUCCCACGCUUGACAUUGGUGGUGGUGAGGUGAUGGACGAGAAUCUCUAUGCGGAACUGAUGUCCACCAAUCUCUUUCUUGCUGCGCAACAGCAACGUCUUCAGCAACAGCUGAUAAACGUUACAGCGGCAGCUCAGCAGCAGUUUCAGAAUAUGAACCUGGGGAUGUCCCUUUCCCAGCAGCAGCAACAGCAGAUGCAUGGACUGUCGAUGCCUAAUGUUGGUUUCUACCAACAGCAGCUUCAACAGGGUGUUCAGCCGGUUGUACAGCCGGUUCCAGGUCAGCCUGGUCUGUUCUCUGUCUUCAACCCUCUGACUGGUCAGCAAAGCUACGUGAUGGACAACAGCUCGCAGGAAGAUACUUCCUUCCACGGAGACAAUUACCCCGCCGACCUCCAGGUGCCUCAAUUCCGCGCUGAGAUCUCCCCACCUGCGGACUCUACUUCCUCGCAGAAUUAUUUCUCCCAGCCUGUCUCUCCUCCCACUGGUUCCCCCUCCCCACCCACGGAGUCAUCUGGCGGUGCAUUCCGUCGGAACCACCGCAAGUCCCCAUCUUUCAACCCGACGGUGAAAACGACUAUUGAUACGAGCAAGGCAAAUGCCGGAUUCGGUCCUCGAUCCGCUGUUUUCCCUCCUACUCCAGCGACUGGAACCUUUGGACCUGGUCAGGCGCGUGCUGGCGAGCAUCCUAUCCGCCAGCCUCGAGGCCCGCCCGCGCUCGAGGAUCUUUUGGCCAAGCCCACUUCCAAGCAUGAGGGAAGCAAGAACUUUGCGACUCGGCAGCGACGCCGUGCUGUUCACAACCUUGUUCGUGCUGGCAUUGAGCGUCGUGGUGAUACUCGCAGCUAUGGAUACAAUAGCAGCGGUGGCACUAACACCCCCGCGAGUGAGAAGGAGUUCACAUUCUCGGAUGGUGAUGAUGCUACUGUGCGUAGUGGUAGUCUCUCGAGCAAGCCUAGCCUUGGUAGUUUGCGUGCGGCCGCCAACGGUGCCAUUGGCUCCGAGCGCAAAGAGAAGUCUGGUCGCCGGUCUCUUCCUGAGAGUCCCUUCACGAGUGUCUCUCCUACCAGUGAGGACGGAUACUUCUCAGCCAAGUUUGCUGAGGUUCGUGCUGAGCAAUUCUCUUCGCACUCAGAGGCUUCCUCUCCUUCUGUGGCGGCUGUCGUUGCUGGCCAGGGCCAGGCUGCCCAAGGACCUGAGCGCCGCAAAACUCCAAUGCUUGUUUUGUCCAGCGCUGAAAAGCGCAAGACUCCCCUCAUGUAA